AUGGACAAACCUCAGUACAGAAGGGUGUGUUAUUUGACGAACAGGUCGAGGUUCAGACAAUCCCAAGCCCAGUUUUUACCGGGUUUGAUUGAUCCAUUUCUUUGUACUCACAUCAUCUACAGCUUCGCUGAUUUUGCUGUUAAUGGCAAUAUAUUUGCAGACAGAGAAGACCAGACAGAAUAUGAUAUGUAUGCCCAACUCAAUUCUUUAAAGAAUACCAAUCCUAAACUUAAAACUAUACUGACCGUUGGUGGAUGGCUCGAAGGUGGAUCGGAUUUCUCAGAUAUGGUAGCAUCGUUGACAGCCAGGUCACAAUUCGUGCAGAGUGCAAUAAGGUUUUUGAGAGAAAAUGGAUUUGAUGGUCUCGAAAUUAGCUGGCAGUUUCCUGGAUCUAGAGGGGGAAUUGAAGGAAGGUACCUCGACUUUGCCACCAUUAUGACGUAUGAUUUACAUGGAUCAUGGGAUACGACUACAGGAUGCAACAGUCCACUUUAUCCCAGAAGUAGUGAAAGGGCAGAGGAAAGAGAACUGAAUAUGGAUUUUGCGGCAAAGAUGUGGGAACAAAAAGGAUUACCAAAAGAAAAGAUCAAUAUAGGAUUUGCGACUUAUGGUAGAUCCUUUACAUUGGAAGACAGUGAAAAGUUUGGUAUUGGUGCAGCAGCUGCAGGUCCUGGUGCACCAGGUGAUCUAACUGAAGAAGCUGGUUUUCUAUCGUAUAUGGAGAUCUGUAAGAAAAGGAGCAACCCGGGAGUUAAUAUUUUCUAUGAUGAAGAACAGAAAUGUACCUAUGUAGUGUCCGAUGAUCAAUGGACGGGUUUUGAUGAUUUAGCCAGUUUCGCGACCAAGAAAUAG